AUGAAGCAGAUAAAGGUUGAGAAGGAGCUCGAGGAGGCACGUGCAACUGUUGUGGCGAGGGACGCCGAGAUCGCCCGUCUGAUGGAGGAGCUCAAAAUCUCCGAGGCACGGAGGAUCCCAGAUCCGCCGGCGCCGUCCCGGCCGGCGACCUUGGAAGAGGAGGCAGCUGCGGCCGCUAAGCAGGCACAGUCCGACGCCGACGCCCGCUACGAGGGCCUGGUUGUCGACCGGUGGAGAAAGGCCGAGACUGUGGUCGAGGCGUGGCGCUUCUGGAACUGCCCCACCACCACGGACAGCUGGCGUCUAUGUGACAGGAUCAACGAGCCCGGUUUCAUCGGCCGGCAUAGCCUCCUGAGAAAGUCAUCGACCAACGCAAAACAGGGGGAGAUGCGCCGAAUGAGAAGGGCGAUGGAGGCCGUGUGCCGCUUUCGCGCGUCAGACGGAGAAGCCGACACCGCCGCCGUCAUCAAGAAACUCGACGAGCUCGCUGCGUCGGGAAUUGUGACCUUCUGUGAUGCUCUGAAGAUCAUCGACGCCGACGCGCUACCGAUACGCACUGAGGGGAACCUGGGAAUCAAGGGGCUUUCCAAGGGUGAAAAGCCCAAGCUGACGCUUGCGUGGGGACUGGUGGCGGCGGGAUACAUGACGCACAAGUGGGGCGAGGACAUGUUCCCGACCACGUGGGAAGAGCAGAAAAGCUGUGGCGGCCAAAUCGGUCGCGGAGCAUGCCGCUGGAAGACCGCCGUCGCCGCCGCCGACGAAGACGUCCAAGCGUUGGAAGCCGGGCUGAUGUUUUGA